AUGGAUAUCUCCGAUGAUUCUGAUUUCUACGGUGACGAGGAAACCGUCAUGAACCUCCAGCAACGUGUCCAGGACUUCGACGUCGACGCCUGGAUGUUUCAGCAGCAAGAAAACCCCGGGAGGGCUGUCCCUCGCAGCACCCUCGUCGGUGAUACCUCGCAUCUUCACAACCCUUAUGCCGGUGUUCCCUAUGCAUGGCAGCUCACAGAGACCGUGGACGAGUUUCUUGUUCGACUACCUCCCAAGACGACAGAACUGUCAGAGGAAAUCCCCUGGAUCUUCAUCUGCAACCCCUACAUCCCGCGAGUGGAAAAGACCAUGGCCCAGAACCAGCUUAGCAAGGGUAAUGAGGACGAGGCCCCCGAGGAAGAGGGAAGCAGAACAGCCCUUGUCAUAGAGGGCGGGCACGAGAGACUCCAAAUUGCCUCUAGGUUUAUACAAGGCAUCCCGAGGAAUGUACCCAUUUCGGUACAGGAGCGAGAGGCCAACAAGGAAACGAAGAGUGCGGCAGAGGACAUACUGCAGCUGGCACACGCCGCCAAAGUCCGCGCAGGCAAGUGGAUGCUCUUUUGCCCUCCAGCAGAGGUCAACGACGUAUGGGACAUAGUGGCCAAGGCAACAGCCAACAACGAACUCGGCAUUGCCGCAAAGGUUGCCCCCAAGCCUGUCGACGAGGAUUCUCGCAGGGAUCGACUCAUCUGCGUGUACACGACCGAUUUCGCAGACAAGGCUGAUGUUGGUCGGGUUCUCCAAAAGCUGAGAGAGCUCAGAUUGGUAGAGGCUCGAGGGCGGCCAAUCUACUACAAGCCAGAUGCGUAUACCUACAUCGGAAUAUCUUCUGGGAACAUUUGGGGCCUAAAAGCGUCCAUCUAUAGCUCAAAUGACAUAUUCAAGAGCUGA